GGUGUUCUGGACAGAGACAUGUUUUGGCAAUGUUUCCACCCCUGAGCUUGUGGUAUAUAUUGAGCUGCUGAUGCCACCCCAGAGCGACUGGCACAUCCUGGAACUGCUCAUCACACCCAUCCUGGUUCACUAUGGCAACUGAUCACCAGAACCCUGCAACCAAGCAAAAACAACCAGUUGCCAGUAACUUCAAGUUGGUCAUCUACGAACAGGAAAACUUUCAAGGCCGCUGUCAUGAGCUGACUGGGCCCUGUAACAACAUCCAGGAGGCAGACGUGGCGAAAGUGGGCUCAGUACUGGUGCUGUGUGGACCGUGGGUGGGAUAUGAGCAGCCCGGCUGUAAGGGGGAACAGUAUGUGUUUGAGAAGGGUGAGUAUCCACGCUGGGACGCCUGGACCAACAGCAGACGCAGUGACUGCAUCGUCGCCUUCCGCCCCAUCAAAGUGGACAGCCAGGAACACAAGAUCGUACUCUAUGAGAACCCAAGCUUCGCUGGGAAGAAGAUUGAGAUCAUAGAUGAUGAUGUCCCCAGCUUCCACGCUCAUGGAUACCAUGAGAAAGUCUCUUCAGUUCGUGUGCAGUGUGGCACUUGGGUGGGCUAUCAGUACCCAGGAUACAGAGGCUACCAGUACUUGUUUGAGAAAGGAGAGUUUAAAGAGUGUUCUGAGUUUGGGGCCGUGCUGCCUCAUAUCCAGUCUGUGAGGCGCAUCCGUGACAUGCAGUAUCACCCAAGAGGGGCCUUCCAACCCUCCACCUGAGUGCCCGGCACUUCUCCUCAAACCCUAAAGCUUCUGAAACGCCCCAUCCUUCCCUUACUCUUCACCUCCGAAUGCUUAUCUUUGACCCUUUCAGUUGUCAGUGAUUUCAUUUGCUACUGCUGAGAAAUAAAUAAGUGAUUUUGCGUUA